AUGGCCACGCUCAAAUGGGCGGUAGUCUUCGUGCUCUGUCUCUCCUUCAUGGUCUUUGUCACCUUUUUCGGCAGGCUGCCCGCCCUCAGACGCACUCCUGUAGCCGCCUUGCACAGGCUGAUAUGGAUACGCCUACCCGCCGCCCUGUAUGCCCUGGACAUCAGGCUCUCUUCAGGCAGGCUGUCAAGAUCGCUGUUGAGGUUUGGAAACUGCGUCAUGCAUGACCGCCAUCCAACCGUGGUAGUCUUCUUUCUAGCCAUCCUCAUGGUUGCUCAAUAUCUGUACCUGCCAGAGGCUUGGCCGCUCAUCGGCUGGUUCACCAAGCUGUGUGUCCUCGCCGCCGUCCUCAUGCCCUAUCUCUUUCUAUUCCUUGCUUGUUCCAGCGACCCAGGCUACAUCACCCACGAAAACUACGCCCACCACAUGUCGCUCUACCCCUACGACUACGCCCUGUUUCACCCCGGAAACAUCUGCCGCACGUGUCGCCUGCUCAAGCCCGCAAGGUCCAAGCAUUGCAGCAUCUGCAAGCGGUGUAUCGCCAGGGCAGAUCACCAUUGCGUCUUCAUCAAUUCCUGUGUAGGAUACGGCAACCAUCAUUGGUUCCUCCUGCUUCUGUUCUCAACUGCGGUCUUGACCACUUACGGCGGCCUGCUCGGCUUGUCGCUCCUGUCCUCCAUGAUGAAGGACCACUACCCGGACUGGUCCUUGUGGAAGCCAGCCUACAUGACUGUCAACAGCUACCUGGCCGUCUGGGCCUGGGCCAUACAAAGGAACGUGCGUCUGGGCGCUACGACCCUCCUCGCAUUGCUCACGAGUCCUCUGGUCUGGGGGCUCCUCCUCUAUACCCUUUAUCAGGUCUACGCCGGCACCACCACCAACGAGUCCCUCAAGUGGUCCGUCCUCGAGGAGGAUAUGGACGACGGCUACGCUUUCCGCCGCCUUCUUCCGGCAGGCAGGCAGAGAGACGGGCGGAUUGAGCCUCCUUGCCGAAGAUGGCCGGUUGAGCCAGCCCACAUACUCGUGGCGACAUCCGACGGGAACCCCCCAGCGGGAGACGCAGGUCUGCCGGGGCAGGGCCCAUGGGAACGUGUUCGGAAGCUGAGACACGUCGAGAACCUGUACGACAUGGGCUUCCGGGACAAUCUACUCGACUCAUUUAUCCCCAGUUAUGCUUUUGGAUGCAGAGUGGAUGAUCCGCCUUCGGAAAGAAAAAGGCGCCUCACAUAG